AUGGCGCCGUGCGCGAGUCCGUGCGGCGACGGCGUAGUCGACGUGCUGGGGGCGGAGGUCACCGUCGCGCUCCUCGCGCUCCUCGACGCUCCUAGCCUUGCGCGCUGCGCCGCUGUCUCGCGCUCGUGGCGCCGCCUCGCCACGGAAGACACUCUCUGGCUGCCGCUCUGCCGCAGCCUCUGGCGCUCCAAGGCCUACGUGCCGCGCCGCUUCAAGGCGCUCCUCGAUGAGGCUCCGAGGCGGGCUGUUUCGCGUGACGCAACGGUCACUCGUGUUCCCUCGCGCUCGCCGACGGUGGCAGUCCCUGUGCGUGCUGGUGAUGAAGCGGGAGGACGGUCCCUCGAUAAUGAAGCGGAAAAGGAUAUGAAUAACGAAGCCGUGCUGUUAUCAAGACGAUGCGGAUCCUCAAAGGAGCGCGACUCGGACGCGAAUUCUAAUAAUAUGGAAGUUUCGGAGCCGUUCUCUUGGGCGGCAAUGUACAGGCAAUCCCUAGGCGAGGGAGCGAGGGAGGGGAUACUAGCGGAGGAGCUGUGCAGCGUGACGUGGAGCUUUCGCUUUAAGCACAUGGACCUGCCGUGGAUCAGAAACCAUCCGUUCUGGGUGAACCUGCCGCCGCUGCUCCGCCGCUUCCACGCGGACGGCAGUGUGGCGUCCGGCACGCGCAACGACCCCAUCUUCGGCUCGCACGAGAACAUCUGGCGCUUCGUGCCUCACUCCAUUUCUCCAGGGCCCGCUGCUGCUCCUUCUGCUGCUGCUACUGCUGCUCCUGCUGCUUCUUCAAGUGACGGAGCGGGAGGGGUUUACAGCACUUGUGCCACUAGCACACCUACGCAACAGUCUGCUGCCAUGCCUGCUGCUGCUGCUGCUGCUGCUGCUGCCCCUGUGGCAGCGAUGCGAGUGCGCAUCAACCACUGGCCGGCGCUGACGGUGGUGCGCAGGGCGGACUGGGGAUGGGACAUGGCCAACGAGUACGUCAUCUACUGCAGCCUCCCGCCCUCGCCCUGA